AUGAAUACGGCUCAAUCGGAACAGGAUAUGGCUAGCGCCUUUAUGGACUGGGCAAACACUUUUGAUAAGCUUUCACGCCCGGUUGUUAAUGUCAAAAAUAUCUCAACUUAUAUCUUAAAUAGUGAUUCAAAAUGGUUUAAACUUUCUUCUGGUGAAGCUCGGGAAGAUAAUUGGGUGAACAAUUUCAACAAGCUCAGAAGAUUAGUCUUACUCCUCACACGUUAUUAUGAAGAUAUCCUUGGACUUCCUGCUAAAAAACUUGAAUCUCCAGAUCCUAGAGCUAUUGCAAAAGAUGGAAAUUUAGUUGAGACAAUGAAGUUGUAUUCAUUAAUUGUGACUUUGGCCGUGAAUCACGUUAAUAAGGCAGCAUAUAUUGAAAAAAUUACACAUUUAAACGCAAAAUCGCAACAGGGUUUGAUGUUUUCCAUUGAACGGGUUAUGAACCGAUUGGGGGAAACUACUGUCGAAGCACCACCAAAGAAAUCAUCAUCAAUCAACUUAGAUGAAAUUCAUGCGGAACAUGGAAAAAUUAUUGCUCAAAAAGAAGCCCUAGAAAAAGCACACCAAGCCUUAAUGGAAGAACACACAGCAUUGCGUGAUCAAUGUAGAUAUGAAAAGCAAGUUGCAGAAAAUCUGAAGAAACUCUCUGAAAAGGAGGCUGAAAUAAUUGAUCUUUCUCGCAAGAACGAAUUACUCUCCGAACAAGCAAAUGAGGCUGCAAGACUAAAGGAUCAAGUCGAUGAAUACAGACAUGCUGCUGACGAGCUCAGGAGAAAAGAAAAUGUCAUUGAUAAAUAUAAAAAGAAAUUGGAAGAAGCUGCGGAUUUACGGCGAAAUUAUAAGACUCUAGAACAAGAAAAUCGCACCCUUGCCGAACGUAAUCAAGCAAUUUUAGAGGAGUAUGAUAAAGUUGCUUGUUUCAAAGGAUUAAUGGAAAAUUAUAAAAAACAACUUGAUGAACUUCAAUCUGAAAAAAUAGAAUUGGUUAAUCAAAAAAAUAAAUUCGAGUACGAAUAUAGGCACAUGAAGGCAAAAAUUGAAGCAUACGAUAUGGCCCAAUCACGUGAUCAAGAGACCAUACAUUUGUUAGAAGAUAGAUUACGAGAAUUAGAGUUAGGUGAAGGAGAGCCUUUAAAAUUAGAUGAUGAAAAAAUUGAAGUAGAUGAUAUUAUUGACCAUUCUAUUAACGAACUUUCGGAUGCUCUAAAAGGCGACACAAUGACAAGUUUGAGAUUGAAGAUUAACGAACUUCAACGUGAAUUAUCUAGGUUACGCGAGGGUAAACCCUCGGAUGAUGAUGCAAAUACUCAACUUCUAGUAUUAAAGCAUCAAGUUGAUGAUGCAAAUCGUGUCAAAGCUAGAUUUGAAACGGACUAUGUUAAAGUUCAAAAAGAAAAACUUGUAUUAGAAUCUGAGCUUGAACGAUUACAAGCAGAAAUGUCCAGUUCAUCUAACAGUGUAAAUAAAAAGGAACACAGGAUAAGUUUCGAGAGAGAUCAAAAGGAACUAUUGGAGACUAGAAAGCAACUUCGAGAAACACAGAUGAAAUUAGAUCGAGCUGAGAGGGAAAUGGGUGAAGUCAGACCUGAUUCUAACACCGAAGCUAGAAUUAAAGCAUUAGAGGAUGAAAAGGAGAACUUGAGGAUUCAAAAUGAAGAAUUGUCUUCUCUGCUUCAAAGUUUUGAAGAUAAAAGCGAAGAUGACCUUAAGAAACAAAAUGUACAAUUGCACAGAAAGGUUGAACAGCUCAAGACUUUGGUUACUGGUCAACACGAAAUAAUUGAGAAUUACAAAAAUGCAAUUACUUCGUUCGAAGCAGAAAGAGAAGCUCAUGUUGCUGAAGUUAAACGCUUAGAGCAACUUCACAAAGAAUCUAAAGAACAAGCACAAAAAGAAAUUAGUUUGGUCACAAGUGCUUGGUUCAAUAUGGGUAGACGUAUUCAAGGUGAUCAUGUUUUCUUGCAAAGGCAAGGACCUGCAUCUUUUCUUAAUCAACAACGUUUAAUUCUUGAUACGCAGCGCAUUGAAAAUAUAGGGAAUUUUCUUACAAUUGACUUAGCCGGAACGAACAUUAAGAAUCCAAAUUUUCAAAGACCUAUUCUUUCUUAUUUUCAUAAAUCAGCUUGA